AUGUCCAAGCGCCAAACUGCCAAGCUCCGCAAGGUGGUUCAAACUUCGGAGGAGCAAACACGGCGACUGGCCUCUCUGGAGGAGGCUUCCCGGCGCCCUGCGCAGGAUGUGACGAUGCGAUUGGAGGCCCGGCUCUCGGAAUUGGAAGGACAACAAGCGAGUUUGGAGGAAGAGUUCCGGAAUGUGGCGACCGGCCAGAGACUGGACUCCCUCAGCCCCAGCAGGCGCAUUCAUGCGUCAUCGGCUCACGCAGUGCAUGCGGAGGGCCCGGGGUACGACGUGGUCCGUGCCUUGGAGACCGAGCUCUCGACGCUCUCGAAGCAGUUGGCAGCACAGCUCGACGACCACUCCUCGGCAUUGGCCAGCCUGCGCGUGCGCACCGAGGGUCAGGAGCAACGUCUCGUCGCAGCAGGCGAGCGCCUGGAAAAGGUGGUGGCCCCGACGCUGGAGGCUUUUCGCGCCGAGAUGCAGCAGCUUAGACUCGCGGAUCGCUCCGAGAUGGACCAGCGCUUCGAGCAUCUGUCGAGGUGUGGCAUUCCAGCACGUUGGGAUAUCAAAUGUCCUGUCGUCACCACUUCAAGUGUUCAUGCACCCCACUGA